UCUCUCUCUCUCUCUCUCUCUGCCAUCGCCGUUAGAAGCUUUGAAUGCUUCGCUUUUACUCUCUUGCCAGAGCCAGCAGAGCCACUCCACACCAACCAUUAUUAUUCCUCUCCCACUCUUCUUCUUCCUCCACACCAACCCCAACACACUCCCUGACACUCUUUCUUCAAUUCCCUCCCUCCCUCCUCCCUCUCUAGGGUUUGAACUUCGAAUUCCACCCCUCUCCCGCCUCUUCCCCCGCCACCCUCCGCCUCCCGUCUCCUCCCCCAAAACCCAUAUCCCCCCUCCACUCUCCCACCUCAAAGCCUCCACCUUUAAUCACUUUUAUGCUCUUUUUUUUCCCUGGUUUUCUCAAAAACCCCAACAAAAAAAAAGGGAUAAAAAAAGCAAGAGAAAAAGUGGAAGGGUGUUGUGAUUGAUGUUGGUGGGUUGAUCACUUUACCUUUUGCCCUUUUUCUUUGCCCAUUAUCACACAUGCCUUAGUUGCAUUUCUCUGUUCAGUUCGAACAUUUACACCAAGAAACCUCCUCCUCUGUUUUUCUUCACAGCUUUCAAGCUUUCAGACUUCUGAAAUUUUCAUGGGAUUUUAUCAGACUUGAAAAAAAAUGGCGUUUGAGCUCUGUUUUCUGCUUCUUCUUGCUCCUCUUCUCGUACUCGCCCUGGACCCCGUUUUCAACGACGACGUUCUGGGCCUGAUCGUCUUCAAGGCGGGACUUUCCGACCCGGAAGCCAAGCUCGCCUCUUGGAACGAGGACGACGACAGUCCCUGCAGCUGGGUCGGAGUCAAAUGCGACCCGACAACCGGCAGAGUCGCCGAGGUUGUUCUCGACGGAUUAUCGCUAUCCGGGCACAUCGGCCGCGGCCUUUUGCGGCUGCAGAAUCUGCAAAGACUCUCGCUUUCCGACAACAACUUCACUGGGUUCAUAAACCCGGAUCUCCCACACCUCGGGAGCUUGCAGGUUAUCGAUUUGAGCCGGAAUAGCCUAUCUGGGUCGGUCCCGGAGGAGUUUUUCAUGCAAUGUGGGUCUCUCAGGGUGGUUUCUUUCGCCAGAAACAACCUCACUGGGCGGAUUCCAGAGUCCCUGAGCUUGUGCCAGACGUUGGUGGAUGUGAACUUUUCGUCGAAUCGGAUGUCCGGGAAGUUGCCGUCUGGGAUUUGGUACUUGAGAAUGCUUCAGUCGCUUGACUUGGCGGAUAACUUGGUGGAGGGUGAAGUUCCUGAAGGUAUUGAGAAUUUGUAUGAUUUGAGAGUGAUUAACUUGGCAAAAAACCGAUUUUCAGGACAGCUUCCUGGGGACAUUGGAAGCUGUUUGCAGUUGAAGUUGCUUGAUUUUAGUGAGAAUUUGUUUUCUGGAAGAAUACCGGAUUCGAUUCAGAGGCUCAAUUCAUGCACUUGUCUGAGUUUACAGCGGAAUUUGCUUGCGGGGCAAGUUCCGAAUUGGCUUGGCGAUUUGAAGAACCUUGAGGUGUUGGAUGUGUCUGGUAAUAAUUUCUCUGGUGAAAUUCCAAGUUCAUUAGGAAAUCUCGAGCUACUCGAAAAGUUGAACUUGUCUAGGAAUGGAUUUACUGGAAGCUUGCCUGAUACGUUGGCAAAUUGCAACAAUCUGCUAGCCAUAGAUGUUAGCCAUAAUCUGUUAGCAGGUAAGCUUCCUUCGUGGAUUUUUAAGCUCGGUCUGCACGGUGUCUCGCUUUAUGGCAACCGAUUAGGUGGAAGUGAGGAGUACAGUUCAUUGGCGUCAAUGGCAGCUUCUAAUGGAGGCCUGCAGGUCUUGGAUUUGUCGUCGAACGCGUUUUCUGAUGUGCUUCCAUCCGACAUUGGUGUUCUUAGUAGCUUGCAGUUUUUGAAUAUGUCAGGGAACCAUCUGUUGGGUUGGAUUCCAGCAAGUAUAGGUGAAUUAAAGGCGGCAUAUGUUCUCGACUUGAGUGACAAUUGGCUCAAUGGAAGCAUUCCUGAUGAAAUCAGAGGGGCAGUCUCACUCAAGGAAAUAAGACUGCAGAAGAACUUUCUAACCGGGAAAGUUCCAGCCGAAAUUGCAAAGUGCUCAUCUCUGACAAAUCUGAUUCUAUCUCAGAACAAUCUGACUGGCCCUAUUCCUACAGCCCUUGCUAACCUUACCGAUCUUCAAUAUGUCGACUUGUCUUUGAACAAGUUAUCAGGAGGCAUACCAAAAGAGCUGACAAAUCUUUCCCACCUCCUCUACUUCAAUGUCUCCCACAACCACCUUGAGGGUGAACUACCAUUAGGGGGAUUCUUCAACACUAUCCCGCCGUCAUCUGUCUCAGACAACCCAUCCCUAUGUGGAUCUGCUGUUACCCGUGCCUGCCCUUCCGUUCACCCCAAACCCAUUGUCCUCAACCCUAAUUCAUCCAACCCCGUCCAUGGUUCUUCCGGUCCAACUCAUGGUCACAAGAUCGUAUUCAGCAUAUCAGCUCUCAUAGCUAUUGGUGCAGCUGUAUUCAUUGCCAUUGGUGUCAUAGCUAUAACGGUCCUCAAUAUGCACGUGCGGUCUUCAUUGUCACGUUCUGCUGCUCCUCUUGAGUUAUCAGGCGGGGAAGAUUAUAGUAAUUCCCCGGGUAAUGAUCCAAACUACGGCAAGCUUGUCAUGUUUUCUGGUGACGCUGACUUUGGUGCUGGGACACAAGCCUUGCUCAACAAGGACUGCGAACUUGGUCGUGGUGGGUUUGGAGUAGUUUACAAAACAGCCCUUCGUGAUGGGCGUUCAGUUGUGAUAAAAAAGCUAACAGUCUCAAGUUUGAUCAAGUCCCAAGAAGAUUUCGAGAGGGAAGUUAGAGGACUUGGAAAGAUCAGGCACCGUAAUCUUGUGGCACUUGAAGGGUAUUACUGGACUCCGUCCUUGCAGCUCAUCAUUUAUGAAUACAUUCCAUGCGGGAGUCUGUUUAAGAAUCUGCAUGACGGACCUGGCAAAACCUGUCUCACUUGGCGGCAGAGGUUCCACAUAAUUCUUGGGAUGGCAAAGGGUUUGGCUUAUUUGCACCAAAUGAAGAUAAUCCACUACAAUUUGAAAUCAACUAAUGUUUUGAUAGACAGCAAUGGCGAGCCUAAGGUGGGAGACUUUGGCCUGGCAAGGCUGUUGCCAACACUAGACCGGUGCAUCUUAAGCAGCAAAAUCCAAAGCGCGCUUGGGUACAUGGCGCCUGAGUUUGCAUGUCAAACGGUUAAGAUUACUGAGAAAUGUGAUGUGUAUGGAUUUGGAAUCUUGGUUUUGGAGGUGGUGACUGGAAAGAGGCCUGUCGAAUAUAUGGAGGAUGACGUGAUAGUACUCUGUGACAUGGUGAGGGGAGCGCUCGAGGAAGGCCGGAUGGAGGAAUGCCUUGACAAAAAUCUCCUUGGCAAUUUUCCAGCAGAGGAGGCAAUUCCGGUGGUAAAGCUGGGUUUAAUAUGCGCGUCUCAAGUGCCAUCAAAUCGCCCGGACAUGAGUGAAGUGAUCAACAUUUUAGAACUCAUCCAAUGCCCUUCAGAAGGCCAUGAAGAAUUAGAAUAAAUUUAGUUUACUGAUUGAGAAAAUGAACUGGUAAUCGCCAUGUUCCGGUGAAGAUCAAUCCGGUUUUGUUUCAAGCAAAAGCUAAAAGAAUACAGAGUGUUGGAGUUCCAUCUCCAUGUCUUCAAAUCCGUUUUUCGGUAAUGUAUUUAUUUCUGUAUUUUUUUCCCUACUUAAUUCUAUAGCACUUAUAAGGUGCCGGAUUGCUUUUCACCGGUUUGAAAUGGAACAACUUAAUUAGGGUUUGGGUUGAAGAUCUCUGAGUGUAAGCAACAAUUGACUCAAUCUGUCUCUGGACUUGUGUUCGCGUGUUACCUACAUGUCAUCGAGCUAUUUUUGGCGUACGGAAAGUGUAUGCAAGUUUUUCUCCGUUUCUA